AUGUUUAUAACAAAAUUGAAUUUUGUAAUAAUAACGGUACUCACCUGUUCUGUAGCGGCCGGUUCGCGCAUACUCGGGCUCUUCGCCACAUAUUCCAAAUCGCAUAUGCUGCUCCAUUGCACCGUCGCCGAGCAGUUGGCGCGCGUCGGACACGACGUCACCGUGAUUGGUGUUAUUGAAAAUGUUUAUCCGAAUGCCACAUACAAAUAUAUACACUUACAACUGCCGGAUGGAGGUAUUAUAGAUGACAAAACGCUAAAUAGUCUGAUUAAUACUCGGCACUCGUUUGUAAAGAGCUUGUUUGUCACAACCGCAGAAUACUUGCGCAUGGCUAAUGAGACGCUGUGGCAGCCGAAAAUGCGUGAGUUUUUAAGUGAAAAUCAUGCGAACGCAUUUGAUCUUCUGCUCUUCGCUUAUGUCAUGAACGACUUCCAGAUGGGCUUGGCGGCGCAUUUUCAAUGUCCCAUUGUGGUUUUGUGGGUAGUGCGACCGGCAUUGCAAGUCAACGGUCUUGUUGGUAAUCCGCUAGAAAUGGCAUAUGUACCGAACAUAUCCAGUCAUCUUCAGCAGCCGAUGGAAUUUCUGCAAAGAGUGAAAAACUGCAUUACAACAUGGCUAGAGUCUGCGUUAAUGGCGUAUCUGGACUACCGCACGCAACAAUUAUAUGAGUAA